AAAGGAGCGCGGCUGCCGAACAGCGGUCGGACGGGCCGAGCGCAGCCGAGGGCGUCCGAUUGCGCGCGUUCACAACAAAAAGUCUCACGACUGGUUUAGUGUCGGGUUGCGUCCCAUCGACGCCGCAUCACGUGUCGCACGCCUCCACGACGCACUUGCGCUUGCGCUCUUAAUAUGGACUGUUUUUGUAAUACUAAAACAAUAUAAUACGCGAUCUACAAUAACUUCUCUAUUCUGUAUAUAUAAUUCUAUAGUAAAUUCUGUGACCUGUGAUAUAAAGAAUUUUUCCAAUUUUCCAAUGAAAAUGAACACGCAAACGGAAUGGAGCUCAUGAUUUCAGUGUGUUUUUGCAUCUGCACAGUAUUUACAGUGAUACAUAGUGAUAGUGAACUAUAUUGUGAUAAGCAUCUGAUAAGGACAUUUGAGAUAUGUGCAAUAUGAACUGGUCGUCAAUCCCUGCUACAAGUUGAGGCCUACAAAUGCAAAGACUGAACCCGACCGCACUUUAGUUCGGGUUCAUCAUACACGAAACUGACUUUAGGAAUGUUGAUAGGGGAGUGGACUUUUAGUGCGUGUGUAUAAAAGCGAUGCAUGGUGUGUGAGGUCGGAUCGGCCAUGGACAUGAGUGGAGAGGGCGCGGGGUCGGGGGCGAGCGCGCUGCAGCAGCGGUGGUACGAGGGCCGCGUCAACGGCAGCCCCGCCGCCGGCGACGUCAACGCCGACGCCAAUGGCGACGGCUUCUUCCACUCCCCGCUGGAAGGCGGUCAUCACAGUCGCGCCCGCUACUACCAUCAACAAAUGCACGCCCCCUACUCCGCCGCAGUCGGCUCGCACGGUCGAACGCUGAGCGGCGGCAGCGGGCAGGUGUGCAGGCCGCACUUCCACACGCCGCUGCAUCCCUGGCUAGAGUCCAAGGCACUGAGCGGUGGUGCGUGGGGUAGUGGCUUCCAGCAAGAUGCGGCGCAGGCAGACAAACCCUUGUCACCCGCGCAACAUCACCACCCACACCCCCUGUUCUCGUUUCCCCCGACGCCGCCGAAGGAUUCGACGCCAGACUCCGUGGCGGCAGCAGCGCUCGGUCAGCAGGAUUACCAGGCAGCCGUCGCGCACGCCACCGCCAUGAGCGUCGCCUUCAUGCAGCAGCAGCAGGAGCUGCCACUGUGCGGCGACGUGAAGCCCAUGAUGGGCGCACCGCCGUCGAAGCAGCGCGAAGGUGCGCAGCUAGACUCGUGCCCCCAGGAGUCGAGCCAGCCCUCCGGGGAAUACAACGCGCAGUACAAUGCCGCCGGCGGCGACUACUACAACUACCAAGGGAAGGGUUAUAGUGGGCAGCAGCAGAGCAAGCCGCGACCGAACAAGACGCGAACUAGCGCCGCCUGCCAGGAAACAGAGGGACGGGAAUGCGUCAACUGCGGGGCGACCAGCACUCCUCUAUGGCGACGUGACGGCACGGGACACUACCUCUGCAACGCGUGCGGCCUCUACUACAAGAUGAACGGACAGAAUCGACCCCUGAUCAAGCCCAAGCGAAGAUUGUCGCUACAAAGUGCAGCACGAAGGGCAGGCACCUCCUGUGCGAACUGCAAGACGACGACUACGACGCUAUGGCGACGCAACCAAAAUGGCGAACCAGUGUGCAACGCGUGCGGCCUUUAUUACAAACUACAUAAUGUAAACCGGCCCCUUACGAUGAAGAAAGAGGGGAUCCAAACGAGAAAUCGCAAAUUGAGUAGUAAGAGUAAGAAGAAGAAGGGUGGAAUGGGCAUGGGAGGGGGAGGAGCUUGUGCAUUAGCCCUCGGAGGAGUCAUGGGAGACAUGAUCAAGCCCCUAGGAGAUGGAACCAAGGGUUUCGGCGGCUCCGCCUUCCCAUCAGCCAUGGACUUUGGUCAGCACCAAGUUGGUCUCGUCCACCCCGCAGCGGCACACAUGUCCCACUGGUACGGAGCACCACAUCAGGGCUUCGCUCCUCCUCCAGCGUCACACAACCCCUACCAUCACCAUCACCUCGCGCAGCUCAAUUCAAUGGCUGAGGUGGCAGUGAGAGCGGGAAGCGACGGCCACGCUGUGAUUAACGAGGCUAUAAAGCAGCGAUCAAUCCUUGAGGCUCCCUAUACGAAACCGUCGCCCGCUCGUCGCUCGCACCAACACUCCGCCUCACAGUUUGAAUUGAACUGA